AUGACAGUCACUUAUUCCAGCAAAGUAGCAAAUGCCACUUUCUUUGGAUUUCACAGAUUACUCCUAAGGUGGAAAGGCAGCAUCUACAAAUUGCUGUACAGAGAAUUUAUUGUUUUUGCUACUCUUUACACAGCGAUAAGUGUAUUAUACAGAUUUUUUCUUACAGGUAGCCAAAAACGGUUCUUUGAAAAAUUAUCAAUUUACUGUGACAAAUAUGCUGAACAAAUCCCAGUAACUUUUGUGCUUGGGUUCUAUGUAACUUUGGUGGUGAAUCGCUGGUGGAACCAGUUUGUGAACUUGCCUUGGCCAGAUCGCCUGAUGCUGCUCAUCUCCAGCUGCGUGCAGGGCAGAGAUGAGUACGGGCGCUUGCUGAGGAGGACUCUCAUGCGUUAUGUGAAUUUAACAUCCCUGCUGAUCUUUCGCUCUGUCAGCACAGCUGUGUACAAAAGGUUCCCCACCAUGGACCAUGUGGUUGGAGCAGGUUUUAUGACAAAAUAUGAAAGAAAACUUUUUGAUGAUCUUAAGUCUCCCCACCUGAAAUACUGGGUCCCAUUUGUCUGGUUUGGAAAUUUGGCAUCAAAGGCACGAAAGGAGGGAAGAAUUCGAGACAGUGUGGAUCUGCAGACACUGAUGAAUGAGAUGAAUAAGUACCGGUCUUGGUGUAGCCUUUUGUUUGGUUAUGACUGGGUUGGAAUUCCACUGGUCUAUACCCAGGUUGUUACUCUUGCAGUCUAUACCUUUUUCUUUGCCUGCCUGAUAGGGCGUCAAUUUUUGGAUACUGACCAAGGGUACCAGGGACAUGACUUAGAUAUUUACAUUCCAAUCUUCACACUGCUGCAGUUCUUCUUCUAUGCAGGAUGGCUCAAGGUUGCUGAACAACUCAUUAAUCCGUUUGGAGAAGAUGAUGAUGAUUUUGAAACUAACUGGUGCAUCGAUAGAAAUUUACAGGUUUCACUUCUGGCUGUGGAUGAGAUGCACAUGAACUUGCCAAGGAUGGAGAAAGAUAUUUACUGGAAUGAUACCUCUGCCCGCCCACCCUACACAAAAGCAGCUGCUGAUUACUGUAUUCCUUCCUUUCUUGGAUCAACUAUUGAAAUGGGGCUGGCUGAUACCGAGUUUCUCUAUGGGGAAGAGUGGCCUUGGGAAGAGGAGAAACACCAGAGACAGUAUUCAGUCUUGAGAAGAGUCAAGAGGUUUCUCAGUGUCCAUGAGGGUCCUUCAUACCCCACUCACCAGCGCUACAGCCGGCAGACGAGUGAGAAUUCGGUGUUUUUCCCAGCAGACGAAAAAGGGCACAUCAGACGGCUGCAGGAGAUGCACACAAGAGGGAGGCACUCCACCUUAAGCUUCAAGAGGAAACAUGAAGGAGUUAGCAGAAGUAACAGACUUCAUGGUAGCCGAGAGCUAGGACCCAUAACAGAAACCUCCAGGAGCGAGGCACAGUUUGGUGACAGUGACACCUCAUCUGACACAGCCAGGCCAGUUCCUGAGGUCAUUGUUUCUGAAGCCCAGGAGAUUAAACCUGAUGUGCUGGACAAACCAGAGCUCCCAACAGAGCGCUCUGCAAGCAUGCCAGAAGAGAAGCUCCAAAGGAUCAUAGCUGAGACAAAUGUGGCUCUUCUGAACCAACACUUUUUCCCCCCAGAAAUGACUCCAUACCUCUCAAGUUCAGAGGUGCAUCAGUCACUUCCUAGUGUGAUAGGAGAGCCCAAACAUGAGCCCCAGGUUAGUAACAUAGCUGGUCUCAUAACAGACCAUGAGAGAAACCUUCAGCGAUGGAGUUUACCAAGCUUCCAUAGUCCUAGUACAGCAUCAAAUGCUGAUGAUGAUCCACCUUCAACAGAUUCUGGGACAACUUCACCACAAAGGACAUUGAGUGAUGGAAAAAAUGGUACUUCUGCUUGUGCUCCACAAACAUUUGAGAUGCAGGACUUAUGGGAAAACCUGGACAGUAAAGAAACAGCCAUAGUAGAAUUUUCUAAUGAGGAGAGUGAAAGAAAACUUUGACCAUUCUUCCUCUGGGUUUGACUGAACUUUUUGUCUUCUCUUGAACGUGGUUCUCACACAAAUUUGCUGAAAGUGCAGAAGGGCAGACUCAGU